CGAGACGCCCAUCCACGCGCCACCGUCUGUCUGUCUGUCCGUCGCGGGUUUUUUCCUCGAAACGCCGUCGCGAUCGGGACGCGCGCGCUUGCUCGCGACCAGAGAGAGAACACGCCUCGCCGUGAAUCCCUCUUUCCCCUUCCCCCUCCCUCCUUCCUUUUCCUCCCUGCUACCAGCGGUGCCUCUUUUGCCCCUUCCCCUCCUGUCCUUUCGUGAGCCGUGCACGCGCGCGCGCUAGCCCGCGUAUCGCGCUCUUCGUCCGUCUGUCCGUCUGUCCGUCUGUCUGGUUCGCUGGCCAUCCAUCCAUCCAUCCAUCCAUCCAUCCAUCCAUCCAUCUAUCCAUCCAUCCAUCCAUCCAUCCAUCAAUCCAUCAUCUCUGUCUCUGUCGCUCUGUAUGCGCGCGCGAACGCGCGUGUAUGUGUGUCCCGUAUGUGCAUGCGUGAUGAAUACGCGCGCGCACUCUUGUGUAUACACGUCACCGUCGUGGACCACGCAGUAAAUCGUGUUAUUCGAAGAGAGAGAUAAACAGGUGCAGAGGAGACUCUCCCGUUUAUCCGCUCGCGGCCGUACCUCGUGGCGGAGGAUUCGGGUCGUCCGCGUCGCAAAUUCCUCGAGCGAGAUCAGUACCAUUCGCGAAUCGUACUGGCGAAUUUUAUUCUCGCGCGUGGAACGCGUGCGAGUGAACGAUCACGUCCCGUUGAAGAAGCCUCGGACGGUUGGUGCGCGCGGGCAGCUCUCUCGGCGCGUCGCGCCGGGCGAAAUUAGACGAAACCGCGCGUGACAGGUGGAUUCGAGGCGUGCCGAGACAUAGAGAAAGAGAGAAAGAGAGUAACACGGACUAAGGGAGGGAGUGCAAAGCGAGAGUGAGAGAGUGCCGUCGCGACAUCUCGGAGUCAUCGGGCGCGUUCGGCGCUGAUCGCGGGAUCUCCCCUACUUGGUUUCUCAACGUCCACGAAGGAAGGAAAAGAGAGAGAGAGAGAGAGAGAAAGAUAGAGAAGCGGGAAAGAUCGAGCGUGUGUUGUGUUGUUCUCGUCGCCGUUGCUCUCGCGUGGCACUCGCCGUUGUUAUUGUUAUCGUUUCUCCUAACCUACCUACGAGACGCGAGGUGGACGUCCGCGCCGAAGGAAACAGGAAAAAAAGGAAGAGAGUGUGAGAGAGAGAGAGAGAGAGAGAGAGAGAGAGAGAGAGAGGAGGCGGAGGAGCGCGAAACGACGCACGCCACCCGCCCGCCGAAGCACGCCCUCAGGCGAACGUCGCCAAGUGCACAUGCACCGACGGUGGUGCGACGGCGGUGGUGCUGUUGCUUGUGCGCAUCGUUGCUUAUUUACGUCCCGAAACGUGCUCGCGCUAAGUGCGAGAGCGUCAAGGCCGCUCCCGUCGUGACUAUCCUCGUCAUCGUGAUGCGCAGCGAACGACAAGAGGAGUAGGAUCUUUCCCGUGUCGGCGGGAAAAAAAAAAACAACAUCACCGUGGGUUUGGCGCAGUUAAAACGCUGGAGGCGUUGACACGUUGACGGCCGGAUUGUUGUUGUUUGUCCGCGAAAGUGCGCGGACCGCGUUGUGUCGCAGUAGAGUCGAUCGAAAGAUAGAGAGGACGUUUGGCGCGAGUUCGUCCUCCUCUCGAGAUGAAUCUCCGCGCGGUUUCUCCCUGAGAUCGCGCACGUGUUUCUCGCUCUUUCUCGCGGUAAAAGAGCCCGCGCUCGCGCGACGCGACUCGCAUGCAGGAGGAGAAAGGCCGUGGCAGCGAGAAGCUCGCGGGAACGAUACCAUGUGAAUGAUAAACGAAUACGAAGGAUCCCCGGCUCGUCGUGUACCCGAGAAAGAUCCCUUUGUAACCGACGACGAUCAUCAUCGUCGCGCCGACCAUGUACUCGGUCAAGGGCCCGGCGCCGCUUUCGGGCGGGCCCGUCAUCCUCUGUGGCCACCUGAAGAAGCUCAAGACGAUGAAGAAGAAGUAUUUUGUCCUGCGCGGCGAGGCCCCCGGACAUCUCGCCUGCCUCGAGUACUACGAUACUAAGAAGAAGUUUGACAACAAGCAGUCACCGAAGCGCAGUAUACUGCUGCACAGCUGCUUCAACAUCAACAAGCGCGGCGAUACCAAGCACAAGCACGUGAUCGCCCUGUACACCAAGGACGAGUGCUUCUGCCUCAUCCUCGACAGCGACAAGGAACUGGACGAGUGGCUCGAGGCGAUGCUGAGGCUACAGAGCGGGGACGUGCCCGAUGGGGAACAGCCACGGCCUACAUUCGAACACAUAUGGCAAGUUACAAUGCAGAAGAAAGGUCUAGGGGCACGGAAGAACAUUCAUGGACCUUACAGAUUAUGCCUCACCGAUCAAACUUUAAGUUUAGUGAAGAUCGGAGCACAGGAGGAUUCUGACUCUAUCGAGAUUUCUCUAAAUUACAUUAGACGAUGUGGAUUCGCGGAUGAUAUAUUCUACAUAGAAGUUGGCCGAUCUGCCGUAACCGGAGACGGUGAAUUCUGGAUGGCAGUCGAAGAUAACAAUAUCGCGUUAAACAUGAACGAUGUAAUAACGACCGCAAUGAAGACUUCCAAGACAAGGUGGAAGUUAAGGUUAUUAGAAAACAAGGACAAGGAUAACAAGGAAAAGGAUAACAAGGACAAGGAUAACAAGGAGAAAGAUAACAAGGACAAGGAUAACGAGAUGGAACCUCGUCAGAGAAGUUCCUCCGCCAAUGAAGCCAGCAAACCUAUAUCCGUUCUCCAACGACGGCAUACGGGUCAGAAAUUCGGUUAUAGCUAUUCGCCUAUGGCCGUUGCUGGUACCGGGGCUGGGACUACUGGGCACGUGACGACUAAUGCCAACAGUGGCGGUACCACUAGACGUCGUCAUUCGGUAGCGAGUCAUCCUCAUUCCAUCAAUAAUUCCCAAUCCGCUCAUGUCACAACAGCAGCAACAACAAACGCGAUCACCACCACUGUCACUACCACCACCAUCACCGCAACCACCACUACCAUCACCACCACUACCAUCAACACCACCAUCACCAUCACCGCAAUGACCACAACCGCGACAAUAUCCCAUCAGAGAACCCUGUCGCUGCCCUUAGCUGCUGUUAUUAUCAGUCAAACGCAACCAUCUAAAAGAUCCGUUUUACGGUGUAACACCGGGCGCGAACGAUGCGACAGUUUGCCAUCGAGAGCUCGCACCAACAGCGAGGGACAACCGAUGGCCACGGUUACGGGGUUGAACAAUCUCCGAGGGACUCAUGCCAUUCCUCAUGUUCCGCGACCACAUUCCAUGUGUGGACGUACAUCGUACUCCCCGCCGGUCGCUUCGAUGCCCAUCAGUCCCGGUUCCGACGUGUGCUCAUCGGACUCGGCCGGAUCGUCGCCCUCCAUGGAAGAUUGCGGUGAGAAUAUCCUGGAAGAGAGCACCGUCUCGCGAUACGGGCACUCGUUGACUCCCGACGAGCCCGUGAUCCUGGAUAAGAAGGGCGACGACUACAUCUACUGGUCGACGUCGCAUCCGCAUUUGAAAUACUCGCCAAACUUUAAAUCUCAUUCGCCCUCUCAUCCAUCCAUCUAUCCAUCCAUCCAUCCAUCCAUCCAUCAAUCCAUCAUCUCUGUCUCUGUCGCUCUCGAACGACAAGAGGAGUAG